AUGUCCAAAGAACAGGAGGAACCAGAACCCAAGACUGCGGCAGUGGCGGGUGAUGCAGAAGUUGAGCACGGGCGGACGGACGAGCUGGAGAUCGACCUGGCGACCGUCUUGAAGGAGGAAAAUGAGUACUCCUAUGAAUCAGAUCGAUCUCCAUUUCCAGAAGUUCGAGCGGUGGUCCGUGAGGUUGAUGACCCUGGCAUGCCCGUCAACACGCUCCGUAUGUGGCUUCUGGGUACCAUUUUUACGUUGGUCGGCUCUGGGAUCAAUCAAUUCUUUUCCCUCCGAUAUCCCUCCGUGCAUAUUGUAGCCCUGGUCGCAGAAUUGCUGGCGUACCCUUGUGGUGUACUUCUAGCAAAGACACUCCCUCUGUGGACCGUCAAUCUGGGACCUCUUGGUCGUUGGUGCAUCAACCCAGAUCGGUCCUUCAACAUUAAGGAACAUGCAGUGAUCGUGAUCAUGAGCAACGUAUCGUUCGGCUAUUACAGUGCCGACUCGACGAACAUCAUCCAAGCUGCUUCCUCCAAGUUCUACAACUUUGGCCUCAAGGCCGGGUUCUAUGUCAUGGUCGUGCUUUGCGCGCAGCUUCUUGGCUUUGGUGUCGCUGGGCUAUCGGCCCCAUGGAUUGUCGAGCCAGCCAGUAUCAUCUGGCCUGGAGUGCUGUCAAACUGUGCGCUGCUCGAAUCCUUACAUUCCCGCGCGAAUGCUGUUGCCAAUGGAUGGAAGAUUUCCCGUUUGCGAUUUUUCUUCUAUGUCAUGGCGGGUGCAUUCGUCUGGUACUGGUUUCCCGGCCUGAUCUUCACCGCACUCAGCUAUUUCACCUGGGUCUGCUGGAUCGCACCGAACAAUCGGGUUGUGAACCAUCUAUUCGGCAUGCAAACUGGGCUGGGGCUCAGUCCCAUCACCUUCGAUUGGAGUCAGAUCGCGUUCAAUACCAAUCCUCUUCUGUCUCCUUCUUGGGCCGCGAUCAACGUCUUCGUAGGCUUUGUCAUCUUUUUCUGGAUUGUGACGCCUGCGAUCUAUUACACGAAUACGUGGUACACGGCCUACCUCCCUCUCAUGACCGCUGACGUCUACGACCGAUUUGGGGCAGUCUAUAACACGUCCAGGGUGGUGGGCCCCGAUAAUACAUUGGACAUCGAAGCCUACAAGGCCUAUUCACCUCCAUAUCUUCCUGCAACAUUUGCUUUCGUGUACGGGCUGUCAUUCGCCUCCAUUACUGCCGUUCUCACCCACGUGUGUGUUUGGCAUUCCAAAGAGAUCUGGGCAGCCCUCCAAGGUCGGUCCAAACCGGAUAUCCAUGCGCGUCUGAUGAGAGCAUACAAGCGUACCCCGUGGUACUGGUACAUGGCGAUCAUCGUCAUCAUCACCGCUAUGGCAAUUGCGAUGGUGGAAGUGUACGAAACAAAGCUGCCCGUGUACGGCGUAUUCUUGGCCCUGAUCAUCCCUGCCGUGUACAUGAUCCCCUGUGGAAUCAUCGAGGGCAUCACCAACGUGAACGCUAACCAAAUCAACGUUCUCAGCGAGUUCAUCGGGGGUUACAUGUUCCCUGGGAAACCUCUAGCCAAUAUGGUCUUCAAGAUUCUAUCGCAGGACGUGGUGGGCCAGGGGAUCUAUUUUGCUAUGGACAUGAAACUGGGGCAUUACCUCAAGGUCCCACCGCGGACGCUCUUCUUCGCGCAGGGCUUUGCUACGAUCCUGGGAGCCUUGACCCAGGCAGGAGUGACCAUCUGGAUGCUGGGCAAUGUCAGCGAUAUCUGUGAUCCAGAUCAGUCGGAUGGGUUCAGCUGCCCGAACGGGCGGACUGUAUACAGCAGCAGCGUAAUCUGGGGUCUGGUCGGACCCGGCCGUUUGUAUUCGGUGGGAAAGAUCUACUCGUCCUUGAACCAUUUCUUCUGGAUCGGCGCCAUCAUGCCCGUCAUCACAUGGUUGCUAUACAAAUACACAAAGAACACAUUCUGGAAGAAAAUUAACUGGCCCCUGAUCUUUGUUGGAACUUGGAACGUACCUCCAGCGACCGGGAUCAAUUACUCGAGCUGGGCCAUCGUCAACUUCAUCUUCAACCACUGGCUCAGGAAGAAGUUUUUCGCGUGGUGGUCCAAGUACAACUAUGUUCUGGCGGCCGCCCUGGACACGGGCCUGGCGCUCAGCGGUAUCAUUAUCUUCUUUUGCGUUAGCUAUCCUGGCGCCGUCUUUCCAAACUGGUGGGGGAAUACCGUCUAUCUCAAUACAGCUGACGCCCAGGGAGUGCCAUGGAAGGAUAUGCCUCCAGAGGGGUACUUCGGGCCGCCUAAUGGGACUUGGUCAUAG